CUCAAAUAUGAAACAUUAAACUUUGACAUGCAGUCAAUACUUGUCAAUACUGUUGCUGUGCAACAGACAUGUUUUUAACAAGAACACACUUUCAAAGAAAAUGACUUCUAGCUUGAAGACAGCGAAGACAGAUCCGUGCUUACCGCCACCUCUGGUGAAAGCUACCGCAUGCCACUGUCCACAGGCAUCCAGUCUUCAGGAUGCUCCUUCUACAGCUUCCACAAAAGCUCUAUCUGGAAAAAGAAUGACACUCGUAGAGCAGCUUAAAGUACAGAAGAACACUUCUGGGAAUGCUCAGGUGGAGCACCUCCACAAGCUCCGGGCUCCUACUCCACCCACUGUCCCCAGAAGAGGACGAAGGCUGCUGCCAGCCCAGCAGGAGAGUCUAGAGAGUAUAGCGGCUCAUCAGCCCGACAUCAACACAUCAUGCGGGACUCGGUGGGUGACUGAGUAUGUAGAAAACUUUGGUUUGCCACAACCUGUCCGCGUACCUCCGGUGAAAACUGCAAACUGGAAGGCCUCGAUCUUUUAUAGCACACAUAACCAUCAUUCUGCAGACAAGUGUCACCACACCGAAUACCAGGCCCUCAACAGUCCUGAGACAGAUCAGUGCUUACCGCCACCUCUGGUGAAAGCUACCGCAUGCCACUGUCCACAGGCAUCCAGUCUUCAGGAUGCUCCUUCUACAGCUUCCACAAAAGCUCUACCUGAAAAAAGAAUGACACUCGUAGAGCAGCUUAAAGUACAGAAGAACACUUCUGGGAAUGCUCAGGUGGAGCACCUCCACAAGCUCCGGGCUCCUACUCCACCCACUGUCCCCAGAAGAGGACGAAGGCUGCUGCCAGCCCAGCAGGAGAGUCUAGAGAGUAUAGCGGCUCAUCAGCCCGACAUCAACACAUCAUGCGGGACUCGGUGGGUGACUGAGUAUGUGGAAAACUUUGGUUUGUCGCAACCUGUCCAUUUACCUUGUGCUUCGAAAAAAUCUGCACGCCGUUUGGUCUCGACCUUUCGGAGAAUACCUAACCCUCAUUUUGCAGACAAGUAUCAACGCUCUGAAUACCAGGCCAUCUAUGGUCCUGAGAUUCGCACUGCACAAUUCAACCUUACUCGGUACCGACAGCUCCAUGGAACAGCUUAAAAAGGCAUUUUAUCAGAUACCUUAUCAGGUUGCUCCACCAUAAAACGACGUGCUGACGUGGUGCAUGGGGAUUGGAGAGAAGAAGAUUGUGCGUCUUUUAAAAAGGAGGAAGAACGUUAUGUCGGCAGGAAUACGGACAUGUGAUGUGUCUGUGAUUGCGCUGGUACGAUUGAGUAGCGAAUGUUUCCUUGGUGUUUGAGUGAAAUCGCUUGCUUGUUGCUAGUGUACGCCCUAUUUGUAAAUAGAUCUUCUAUUGUAAAUAUUUCUUCUCUAACUAUCACGAAAGCUGUAGGGGUUGGGUGCCGUUUAUUUUUUUACUUUCUUUCUUACAAUCAUUAAAUUUGUAAGAUAUCG